AGGAUGGAGUGGAAAGCUGCUGCUGAUGGCAUUGUUUUUGUGGCAGCAGCUGAAUGACAGAUCCUCACUACAAAGAUAUCCCUUUGGCCCCCGUGUAGGCCUCCUGGUUCGGGUGUUUCACCAUGCCAGCACAGCGCCAUGAGUCCUGGAUGCAUGCUGCUGUUUGUGUUUGGCUUUGUUGGCGGGGCGGUGGUCAUUAAUUCUGCUAUCUUAGUGUCUCUCUCUGUUUUGCUGCUUGUGCACUUUUCUAUUUCUACCGGUGUGCCAGCUCUGACGCAGAACCUACCAAGGAUACUCAGAAAAGAACGCCCUAUUUCAUUAGGGAUUUUUCCAUUACCUGGUGGAGAUGGAUUGCUUACACCUGACACUCAGAAAGGUGGAGAGACCCCUGGAUCAGAGCAAUGGAAGUUUCAGGAAUUAAGUCAACCACGUUCUCAUACCAGCCUGAAGGAUGAGCUUUCUGAUGUUAGCCAAGGAGGAUCAAAAGCUACCACUCCAGCAUCAUUAGCUACUUCGGAUGUGGCAGCAAUUUCUGCUGAUACUCCCUUAAAGGAAGAUAAUGAAGGAUUUGUGAAGGUUGCAGAUACACCAAAUAAGUCAGAGAUAAGCAAGCAUAUUGAAGUACAGGUAGCCCAAGAAACUAGAAAUGUGUCAACAGGCUCUGCUGAAAAUGAAGAGAAGUCAGAAGUUCAAGCAAUCAUUGAAUCCACUCCUGAGUUGGAUAUGGACAAAGAUCUCAGUGGAUAUAAAGGCUCAAGCACCCCCACCAAAGGCAUAGAGAACAAAGCUUUUGAUCGUAACACAGAAUCUCUUUUUGAGGAACUGUCUUCAGCUGGCUCAGGCCUAAUUGGAGAUGUGGAUGAAGGAGCAGAUUUACUAGGAAUGGGUCGUGAAGUUGAAAAUCUUAUAUUAGAAAAUACACAACUGUUGGAAACCAAAAAUGCUUUGAAUGUAGUGAAGAAUGAUUUGAUAGCGAAAGUGGAUGAGCUCACCUGUGAGAAAGACGUGCUACAAGGGGAAUUGGAGGCUGUUAAACAAGCCAAACUAAAGCUUGAGGAAAAGAACAAGGAAUUGGAGGAAGAGCUGAGGAAAGCUCGUGCGGAAGCUGAAGAUGCACGGCAAAAAGCAAAAGAUGAUGAUGAUAGUGAUAUUCCUACAGCCCAGAGGAAGCGGUUUACUAGAGUAGAAAUGGCCCGAGUUCUAAUGGAGAGAAACCAAUAUAAAGAGAGAUUGAUGGAGCUUCAGGAAGCUGUUCGAUGGACAGAGAUGAUUCGUGCAUCAAGAGAAAAUCCAGCCAUGCAGGAAAAAAAAAGAUCAAGCAUCUGGCAGUUUUUCAGCCGACUUUUCAGCUCCUCAAGUAAUACUACUAAGAAACCUGAACCACCUGUUAAUCUGAAGUACAAUGCACCGACCUCUCAUGUUACUCCUUCUGUCAAGAAAAGAAGCAGCACCUUAGCUCAGCUACCUGGAGAUAAGUCGAAAGCCUUUGAUUUCCUUAGCGAAGAAACUGAAGCUAGUUUAGCCUCACGCAGAGAACAAAAGAGAGAACAGUAUCGUCAGGUGAAGGCACAUGUUCAGAAGGAAGACGGCAGAGUGCAGGCCUUUGGCUGGAGUUUGCCUCAGAAGUACAAACAGGUAACCAAUGGUCAAGGGGAAAAUAAGAUGAAAAAUUUACCUGUUCCUGUCUAUCUCAGACCUCUGGAUGAAAAAGAUACAUCAAUGAAGCUAUGGUGUGCUGUUGGAGUCAAUUUAUCAGGUGGAAAGACCAGAGAUGGUGGUUCUGUUGUUGGAGCAAGUGUAUUUUACAAGGACAUUUCUGGUUUGGAUACAGAAGGCAGUAAACAGCGGAGUGCAUCUCAGAGUAGUUUAGAUAAGUUAGAUCAGGAACUUAAGGAGCAGCAGAAGGAGCUAAAAAAUCAAGAAGAAUUAUCCAGUCUAGUUUGGAUAUGUACCAGCACAAAUUCAGCUACAAAAGUCAUCAUUAUUGAUGCUAUUCAACCAGGCAAUAUUCUAGACAGUUUCACUGUUUGCAACUCUCAUGUUCUGUGUAUAGCAAGUGUGCCAGGAGCACGAGAAACAGACUACCCUGCAGGAGAAGAACUUUCAGAAUCUGGACAGGUUGACAAAUCGUCUUUAUGUGGAAGUGUGACAAGCAAUAGUUCAGCAGAGACAGACAGUCUGCUGGGCGGUAUCACGGUGGUGGGUUGUUCUGCAGAAGGUGUGACGACAGCUGCCACCUCCCCUAGUACCAAUGGUGCUUCUCCAGUGAUGGAGAAACCACCAGAAAAGGAAACAGAAAAUAGUGAGGUUGAUGAAAAUGUUCCAACAGCAGAAGAAGCCACUGAAGCCACAGAAGGUAAUGCAGGGUCUGCUGAAGACACCGUGGACAUCUCUCAGACUGGCGUGUACACAGAACAUGUCUUUACGGAUCCUUUGGGAGUUCAAAUCCCGGAAGACCUCUUACCAGUGUAUCAGUCAAGUAAUGACUCAGAUGUGUUUAAAGAUCAAAUAUCAGUAUUGCCUUGUGAACAAGACUUGGCGAGAGAAGAAGCCCAGAAAAUGAGUAGUCUUUUACCAACUAUGUGGCUUGGAGCUCAGAAUGGCUGUUUGUAUGUCCAUUCAUCUGUAGCCCAGUGGAGGAAAUGUCUCCAUUCUAUUAAACUUAAAGAUUCGAUUCUCAGUAUUGUGCAUGUGAAAGGAAUUGUGUUAGUGGCCUUGGCUGAUGGCACCCUUGCAAUCUUUCACAGAGGAGUUGAUGGGCAGUGGGAUUUGUCAAACUAUCACCUGUUAGACCUUGGACGGCCUCACCAUUCCAUCCGAUGCAUGACGGUGGUACAUGACAAAGUCUGGUGUGGCUAUAGGAACAAAAUCUAUGUGGUUCAGCCAAAGGCCAUGAAAAUAGAGAAAUCAUUUGAUGCACACCCCAGGAAGGAGAGCCAAGUGAGGCAGCUUGCAUGGGUGGGUGAUGGUGUGUGGGUCUCCAUUCGUUUGGAUUCCACACUCCGUCUUUAUCAUGCACAUACUUACCAACAUCUACAGGAUGUGGACAUUGAGCCUUAUGUAAGCAAAAUGUUAGGUACUGGAAAACUUGGCUUCUCUUUUGUGAGGAUCACAGCUCUUAUGGUGUCUUGCAAUCGCUUGUGGGUGGGGACAGGAAAUGGUGUCAUUAUCUCCAUCCCAUUGACAGAAACCGUAAUCCUCCACCAGGGACGUUUACUGGGGCUGAGGGCAAAUAAAACCUCAGGAGCACAAGGAAGUCGUCCUGGAAGUGUAAUCCGUGUGUAUGGUGAUGAAAAUAGUGAUAAAGUAACUCCAGGGACGUUUAUACCCUACUGUUCAAUGGCACAUGCACAGCUUUGCUUCCAUGGGCACCGGGAUGCUGUGAAAUUCUUUGUGGCAGUCCCAGGUCAAGUUGUUAGCCCACAAAGUGGCAGUAGUGGCACAGAUCUAACAGGUGAUAAAGCCGGGCCAUCUGCACAGGAACCUUGCAACCAGACACCGUUGAAGUCUAUGCUUGUCAUCAGUGGAGGAGAGGGCUACAUUGACUUCCGAAUGGGUGAUGAAGGUGGAGAAUCAGAACUUGGAGAGGAUCUUCCACUUGAACCUUCUGUCGCCAAAGCCGAAAGGAGUCACUUGAUAGUGUGGCAAGUGAUGUAUGGCAAUGAGUGAGCGCAUAGGAAAAAGGCAGAGACAGAGAAGCUAUCUCUUCUGCAUGGUUUAUUUUCCCUUUUCCCAUUUAUUUAAUGCUCUCUUUGUGAAAUAAGUUUCACCAGAUAAUGUGUGAGCAUUUUAUUUCCUGUUAACUUUAUAUUACAAAAUCUGUCCUGCUGUAACAAUACAGAACUAGCUGUUUUACUGCACCAGCGUUAUAGGCAAUUUCAGUAUAUUAUGAACAAAUCAAAGAAUGUUUACUUUCUGCAAACUGGUGAAUUAUAGAAAGCAAUCCAGAUGUGGUUUAUGCUGCCACAACUAAUGUCACUCACUUUGUUUGACGGGGUCACUUUUUAGCUGUCACUAAUAAUGGAAUUAAUGGAAACACUUGAUAAAUGAAACUACUAUUAAGUACAAUAGUAAAGUUUUCCCAAUGUAUUAUAAAAUUGACACAAACUAAUAUCAGGUGGAUUAUCAGGAUUUAGCUAAAUGUCCGGACAGGGCUAAAAGCUAACUGUAAAUUACUUUCACUUUCAAAUCUGACAAAUCUUGUUUAUAUGGUAUAUAAAACUUUGUUUUCUUCAGAUUUGGGGGGGUUUUAUAUUAAAGAAAUUAAGACUACACUAUUUAAAUAAAAAUUUCCUGUUUCUGACUUAUUAGAGCUCGCUCUAAAGUUUAUGAGGCCUGCUUCUCUAAAUAUUCUGAUUUUUUUUUUAAAGACUAGUCUCAUUCAUUUCCACACUGACAUGUCUGAAAGAUUUGUUAUUUAUGAAGGAGAUAUGCCUCAGCAAUGGGAGGAUUUUUUUCUACAGGAAAUUGUGUUUUGGAUUACUGUACCAGGAGAUGGCGUUGGUUGGUCAACUUUUUCCCCUGUAAAAAAAUUUACCUGUUUACCAACUGUUCUUGGACAGCUCUUACUGUUAGAGUAAAGCUGUAGUGGUGAUGGAGUGGGGCCAUCCCUGAAUUAGGGAUUUGAUAAGAAAUGAUAUUUACUCUUGAUCUGUAUAAAACUACAGAACAGCUAGCACUUGAUAUUUUGUAUGUAAAUGACAUAUUAAAGCUUUUGUGCACUUUUAAGAUUAAAAUGCCGUCUUCAAAGAGGAAACUUGAAAGGGGGAAAGGCAAAGCCAAAGGUACCACAAAAGUACAAGUUGACUUUACAUCUUUGUACUCCCAUUUGAGGAAAAAAAAGAGAUUAGGGUCUAAGUUUAAUUGAUUUUCUUGUUUAAUAAGUUUUUAAAAACCAUUACACUGUAGCUGCCCCCCCCCAAACUUUUUAAAAAUGUGUUAUUUGCCAUUUCCUACACAUUACUUUAAGCAAAGCUAAAUAAAAUUUAAGUGCUGUUUUAAAAGUAUAAAUCUAUUAGAUAAGGCCCCGCAGUCAUUAGAAGGACAACUUCAAAGAAAAGAAAGCAAAGACGUCUCACAUCAUCUCAUCGUUCUUAAGUACCAGGUAUUUGUUUUCUGAACUUCCUGCAAAAAUAUCUAAGGGCACACCAUUGCCUGUUAAGCAUUUUCAUGACUAGGCUAGAUUGUAAACCAUGGGAUUUACUGAGCUGGAGAGGCCUUUGGCCACAUGUGUCUAUAAGCACAGUAAAAUUGUGGCUACUUUCAAUGACUGGAAGAAAAAGAUCUUUUGGUAAAAGUUGUAUUAAAAAGAUAAUGUUUUGUUUUCAGUGACUUUUCUUCCAGGCAUCAAAAUUCAGGCCACUUUCCCAUAUUAUAUAAGUCAUGAUUUUAUGUUAAAUUGAAGUCGUUUGGCAAUAUCUUUUAAAGAAUUAUUAAACAUUUUUGGGAAUGUCAUACAAAUUCACAUGAAAGAGACACCAAAGUGUUUGGGAGUUUUAGUCCCAAGCAGCCAGGUUUGUGUGACCGAAUGUAUUUUAGGAAAUCGGUAAUUAAAGAUGAAAAAUACAAACUUGUUACAAUGGAUAUAAUUGCUCUUUUAAACUUACUGGCUUUAACUUAAGGAAUAUAGGUGUCUAGUUUUUUUAUCUAAAACAGGCUAUGGCCCUGCUAAUUAACUUCAGGGAAUAGAGAGAAUUAAAAAAAAAAAAAGCCUGUAUAAGUUGUUUUAGGGGGCUUAUCCUUUUAUUUGUAAUUUCAGUUAAAUAUUUCCUACAGAUUGCUUUACUUCCCUCUUUCCCCCAUAAUAAAUUUAUAUUCUUGUAAAAUUCACUUUGGUCAAGUUGGUGACCUUUGAAAAAAAUGUCAAAAUAUAAGCUUCUUCUAUUGCAAAGUGGUAUAGUUGCCUGUAGCUACCAGGUCAAGGACAGAGAAGAGGCUUGAGUAACUUGGGUUGGAUUUUCUGUGUUUUAACAAAAAAAAAAAAAGAGGACUGUCUAUUGGAAGAACUAGGGGAUGCUGGAGAAUUUCUCAUUUGUUACUCUGGGGUUAUGUGUGAGGUUGAACCGUGUGAAAUUGCUGAUGUUCAACCAGUGCUGGUCUGCAAGAACAGCAGUAUCAACUCAAUACUAUUAAGUGUAGGUUACAAUCCCUGUGAAGCAAAGAGAGAAUAUUCUCUAGGAACUCAGUUUUGAGAGUGUAUUUCUCUUACUCAUGUGGAUCUAAUUUUUUAAAUAGGAAUGACUAUCUUAAUGAGCAGCAGCUUGUGAAGAGUGUAAAACAUUUUGAGCACAAAAUAUGCAGCACAUAACUUUUCAGAUUGUGUUUGCAUGGAAAAGGGUAAAAUACAUUCUCUCAGUUGCUGUAUUGUUCAUUUCUUAUAAAGAUCUUCCUACAUCUGAGAACAGACCCUCUAACAUAGGCUGCCUUAGUAACAAGACAAAACAAAUAUAUUAACUGUCCUAAAGAAAGUGUGUCUUGCAAAUGCUGUGGAACUGAGUAUUUAUUUCCUCGUGAGUAUUAUGAUCUUUACCAAAGGACUCAACUAGAUAUAGGGCUCUUCUGAAUUGAUCAUGGUGAGAAAGGGAUUCAUUUGGUCCCAGUUUGUAACAUGGAAAGAGUAGAGAAGAAGAGAAUUCAAUGUGGAAUCACAGAUGCUUUUCUAACAGGACUCCGCUGUUUUGUAACACUGUCUUUUUCUUUCUCUUCAAAAAUUAAGUUUUUAUUAAUUUUGUCUUACAUUUCUCAAUAUUUGAAUAUAUUUUAACCAUUUUAUGUUCUAAAUUUGUUUUUGUCCUGACAUUUUAUCUCCAGAAUUUUUCUUGCCUCUAUAAUCUGAAAAAUGGGUUCUAGAAUGUCCCACUUGCUAUCUUAGAGGCUGAGGCUUCAUUUCUAAGAGCAAAAAAUGCUCAUUUAGCAAUGUAGUUAUUUCAGUAUUUAUUUCUAUUAUGGAAUCCCUGGGGUUCGGAAUGUAACUUUGUACAUGAAAUAUAUAUAUAAAUAUGUAUAUGAAACAUGUGUGAGGUUCAG